UAUUAGGGAAAACCAAGCCGCCCCCUAGCAAUGGCACUUGUCUGAGAGUUUCCUCAGCACAGAGCUCCUGAAAGCCACCAGGCUUGCGAGAGGAGAACAGAGGGGCUAUUGGGAUACAAAUUACAGCUCUCUCAGGAUUUGCCAGACAGAUCAGCCGACGUAAAUUUUCCUACCUGAACUUGUUAAACUACGUGAUUUCUGAGGAAUAAAACAAAGAAGAAAAAAUGACAGAUGAUCAAGACCUUUCUGAGGUGGAGAUGAGUCCUGUAGGUUCUGAAGACCAUCACUGCCUCUCACCAGGACCUUCCAUGGCAUCAGAUGGCAACUCUCACCUGGCCAGCCCCAGCAGCGGUGAGAUGGGGAAAGUGAAGAAGGAGCAGCAAGACUCAGAGGCGGACGACGAUAAGUUCCCAGUGUGCAUCCGGGAGGCAGUGAGCCAGGUAUUGAGCGGUUACGACUGGACCCUGGUGCCCAUGCCGGUGCGGGUCAAUGGAAGCAGCAAGAGCAAGCCCCAUGUCAAGCGGCCCAUGAAUGCUUUCAUGGUGUGGGCACAGGCUGCCCGGAGGAAGCUGGCAGACCAGUAUCCUCACCUGCACAAUGCAGAACUUAGUAAGACGCUGGGGAAACUCUGGAGACUGCUGAACGAAAGUGACAAGCGACCCUUCAUUGAAGAAGCCGAGCGGCUGCGCAUGCAGCACAAGAAGGACCACCCCGAUUACAAGUACCAGCCACGUCGGCGGAAAAACGGCAAGGCCAACCAGGGUGAAAACGAAGGCCAAGCUGAAGGAGAAACUGGUGGGGCUGCCGCUAUCCAGGCCCACUAUAAGAAUGCCCACAUGGAUCACAGGCACCCUGGGGAACGGUCUCCCCUGUCUGACGGACACCCUGAACAUUCCUCAGGUCAGAGCCAUGGACCCCCCACUCCACCAACCACUCCAAAGACAGAAUUGCAGUCGAGUAAAGCUGACUCCAAGCGAGAAGGGCGUUCUUUGGGGGAAGGAGGAAAGCCUCAUAUCGACUUCGGCAAUGUGGAUAUCGGGGAGAUCAGCCAUGAAGUGAUGUCCAACAUGGAGCCCUUUGAUGUCAACGAGUUUGACCAGUACCUGCCACCAAAUGGACAUGCUGCUCACCCAGGCCAUGUUGGAGGCUACACCGCAGCUGCUGGUUAUGGCCUUGGAAGUGCCCUGGCUGCAGCCAGCGGACACUCUGCCUGGAUCUCCAAACAGCAUGGAGUCUCCUUGUCUGCCACCACAUCAUCUGUGGUAGACUCCAAGGCCCAAGUGAAAACGGAGGGUUCUGCUCCAGGGGGCCACUACACUGAUCAGCCCUCCACUUCCCAGAUAGCAUACACAUCACUCAGCCUGCCCCACUAUGGCUCAGCUUUUCCUUCUAUAUCCAGGCCCCAGUUUGACUACCCUGACCACCAACCCUCAGGACCCUACUAUAGCCACUCCAGCCAGGCUUCUGGUCUCUAUUCAGCCUUCUCAUAUAUGGGGCCUUCUCAGCGUCCCCUGUACACUGCCAUCUCUGACCCAGCACCCUCAGUGCCACAGUCCCAUAGCCCAACACACUGGGAACAGCCCGUGUAUACGACCCUCUCAAGACCCUAGGGAAUGGGGAAUGGUGACCAAAGCAGCAGCGGAAAGGGUCCGAAGAAUCAGCCCCAGAAGACGAGCCUCCGAGUUCUGAGGCCAUUCAGUGUAAUCCAGUCGCCAGAACCCACUGAAUAUCCGAGCGUGUCUUUCUUGACCGCAGUUAUCGAAGGCUCACCUGGCUAGAGAAAGGUCCCUGCCCGCCCCUGUUCUCCCAAUUCUUGAUUGGCUUACAAGAUCCCAUAGGUCUUCUAGAUGAGGACGAUUUUUGGCAAGGAGCAACUAGUCACGGUGGUUUUUUGUUGGGCAGAUCAAGGAUUUUUUAAAAUAAUAAUAAUCCCCUCCAUUCUCUUUUUCCCUCAAGUUGCCCAGACCAUCAUGACGAUGGCUUUAAAACACACACACACAAUGGCCAUAACUUUACCACUCACUUGGGUGAAGCGUGGCUUGUCAGCCACCCUGGCAGAUAUGUUACAGUAGGAGAAGUAGGGUGGAGCAGCUGAUGCAGGCAGUGUUCUAGGGCAUUCCUGCUUCAGAGCUGCACGUGCAUGAAUCUUGUCCCCCAGUGGAAGACCAGCCCAUGCUUGCUUUUCCUGUUGAUUUUUAGUAUCUGCAUUCCACCUUCCCUUGUCGAUCCCAUGACUUCUCUGCUGCCUGGCUCUCUUAAGACUUUACUAGACAGUGCAUUGGACUCAGGAACUGCAUUAUAUGCUCUGGCCACCUUUGCAUCACAGCAUGUAAAUGUGAGUGUGUACUACAGGUUGGUCCCUUGGACCAUAAAAAGCAAAGGGGACAGAAUCCUACAUUGUUGUUAUGAACAUUUUGUAUUGCUAGUUUGUUUCCAACACCUCCUGGCUUCCUACUAAACUCCCCCAGCUAGCUGCCUAACAAUUCAGAAGAUACCCUGCCAAAGCCAGUGCUUUUGUGUGUGUGUCUGGCAUGCUUAUGAAAGAGUGUGUGUGAGAGAGAGUAUGCGUGUACACUUGUAUUUAAGUGGGCGUGGGAAGGCAGAACAAUUUUAGCAGCAAGAACUGUCAGUGUGAUCCUCCAACUUGCUUGAGCAUGGAACAAAAAAUGUCCAAAGAGCAUCCAUAUGACUACAGCAUUAAGCCAAUAGUUACUCUGUGUAAACAACAUACUGGGCUUGAGGCUGAAUUUCCAGUUGGCACCCCUUAUGGAUAAAAUAAUUAUCAGUGCACUUCUCAAGGUACCUCCAGAUGUUCUACUUAGAGGGGACUGCCUCACACCACCAAAUGAUAGGGGUGAUCCUGCCACAUAUUCAGACUCAUUAGCAGCUAAAUUCAACCAUUUCUACAAUAAGGACAACAUUGUUGCUGCAUCUGAUGCUGAAUGGACAUUUUAAAAAAGAAAAUGGGGCCAUCAAAAAUUCAAAUAAAUCUAUGUUUCCUUUUGAGUUUUCCCCUCGAGAGGCAACAGCUCCAGCUAAACCAAGCGGCCUUGUCUUCCCUGGUGCGAAGAUAUGGCUUGCCCGUCCCAUGGCUUCCAAGAGGCAUGUCACUUUACAGCCAGCCACAUCUUAAGAAGGCAAAGGGAUGAAUCACAGAGCACUGGAGACCUGCAAGUGCAUGAGGAUGGAUCCACUACAGUACACACUGAAGGUUGUUCUUCCCAGCCCCUUUGGACAGAAGUGGCUGAGGCCAACUUACCUAACAUGUUAUAUACGCUUGCCUCCAUUUUCAGCUGUGGAUGAUUCUUCUCCAUGGUGUUUGAAAAGAAUAUGUAGUAUGCCUGUUUCCCUUGUAUGCAUGCAACCUAUUAACUGCUCCACACCCUUAUUUAUGCAAGUAGCAUAUUUCCUCCUUUCCUGUCCCUAGUGCCACAACCCUGUGAUGUCCUAGCACCAAUUAACUUUGCAUCAAAUGUAUGGAAUAAUAAACUUUAAAGGUUUCAGCUAUGUA